CUGGGCCACACAAGUAGCGGGAAACUGGCGGUGACAACAACACCAGCUUCUUCGACACCUUGAGAACGUUAUUCAAGAUGGUUCAAGUACCUUUGGUUCGACUACAAUGCGGCUGCAAUAGCUACGACUGGGGCAAGGUUGGAAAGACGUCUGCAGCGGCCAAGUACGCCGCUGCGACACCUUCUGAUGGAUUUUCUAUCCAGGAAGAAAAGCCUUACGCUGAGCUAUGGAUGGGAACCCACCCCUCGCUUCCUUCCAAAGAUCUUGAGACGCAGCGAUCGCUGCUAGAACUUGUCCAAGAUAACCAGCAGCUGCUUGGUUCAACUGUCGCGCAGAAGUUUGGAGACAAGCUCCCCUUCCUGUUCAAGGUCCUUUCUAUUGGCAAGGCUUUGAGCAUUCAGGCGCAUCCCAACAAGAAGCUUGCAGAGCAAUUGCACGCAAAAGACCCCAAGAACUACCCAGAUGACAACCACAAGCCUGAGAUGACCAUUGCCGUUACUCCCUUCGACGGUCUCUGUGGUUUCCGACCUCUUGCUGAAAUCUCGCAUUUCCUCCAGAACGUUCCUGCGUUCCGCAAGCUUGUCGGCGAGGAUGAGGCCAAGAAUUUUGAGAGCACUGUCAAGGGCAAAGAGACCUCCGAGAACGAUGCAGAUGUGCAGGCUAACAAGAAGGCUCUGCAGGCUGCGUUCACUAAGCUGAUGAACACUGACAAAGCAGCGCUCGAGUCGGCUACCGAAGAGCUCCUGAAGGCGGCCUCGUCAGAGGGCGCCAGUUUUGCUGGGGAGGGAGGUCCUUCGAACGAUGGUCAGGAGCUCGCCGACCUCGUUGUACGACUCAACGAUCAAUUCCCCAAGGAUAUUGGCCUGUUCGUACAAUUCUUCCUCAACUACGUCAAGCUCGAAGUUGGUGAGGCUAUGUUCCUCCGAGCAGAUGACAUCCACGCAUACCUCUCUGGUGACAUCAUUGAGUGCAUGGCUUCUUCCGACAACGUCGUCCGUGCAGGAUUCACCCCCAAAUUCAAGGACGUGGACACAUUGACCUCUAUGCUUACUUACUCAUACGCCCCCAUCGACAAGCAAAAGAUGGAGCGACCAGACUACUCCGGCGUCAAGUUCAACGCUACCGCAUACAGCUCGAACUCAUCGGCCAUCGAGUACAACCCUAAGGAGAUUGACGAGUUUGCUGUUGUUCGUGCUGCGCUCAACAAGUCGGGUGCCAAAGCCACCUUCAACGACAUCGAUGGACCCAGCAUUGUGCUUGCAACCAAGGGCAAGGGAACCAUCUCUGUGGGUAACAAGUCCGAGAAGAUUGAGGAAGGCUACGUCUUCUUCGUAGGCUCCACCGCGACACUGGUCAUUGAGAGCGAGACGGACGCAGAAGAUGGGGGCGAGGGCCUCGUGGUCUUCAAGGCUUACUGCGAUCCUGAAGAUUGGAACAGCAAUGGCGGGCAGAAGUUGUAAGGCUGGGGAUAACACGUGGCCAAAAAUGUUUCAACGGCAUCAGUAACGACACAUGGAGCAUAGACAGAAACGCACUGAAGCUUAGAUGGUACAGUCUUCACGUAGGUAUAUCAUUACACUCUCUAGACGCUCCC